CGAUUUGACGCUAACUGUCAAGCAACAGGAGGACCCCUACAGGAUACCGACCAUUACUCUCUUAUCUUGCCUAGUAUAUUAGUUCAAAACACUUGCCGCAUUCAGACCUUUGUUGGACUAACCACUCAUGUUCUACCAAGAAAAGUGGAGUUUUGGACAUACUUUAUAUUCCCACUGACCAUGGAAUACAAACAAAUUUAUGGUUUAAUUUUGUACAUUGUAUGUUUCACAGAAUUCGUUUUUGGAAAUACCAGCAAUUCAACUGUACCGGAUAAAAUUAAAAUCAAAUUGGGAUUCGUCGCUCCAUUGGACAACAGAUUAGCGGCCACAGCAACUCUUGGUCGUGAACUGGAUUCAGUAUUUAGACUGGCAGUUGAAGUUAUAAAUGCACGAGCCAGGAAACAGGGCAGUAAGAUCGUGUUGGAAACAGAUUUUUCUAGUCAAGUCAAAGACAGCGGAUAUAACGACAAAUUAAAAUGCAGAGAAAUAGCCAAACAGUUCGUUGCGGACCCUAAGAUAGUCGGAGUUGUUGGUGCUUUUAGAUCAACCUGCUCGAUCGAACUCAAUCAAUAUUUUAAAACGAAAUCACGAACAUUGACUCAAAUCUCCUAUGGAUCUACAGCCGUCGAACUCUCAGAUAAAUUAAACUACCCAAGAUUUUUUCGGACAGUCCCGAGUGACAUUCAUCAAGCAGAAGCUUUGGCUGAUAUCAUUAAAAUGUAUAAGUGGAAGAAGGUCAGUACAAUCGCUACUGGAGACCGUGAUGGGCAAGAUUUUGCCAAUGCUUUUCAGAACGAAGUACAGAAACGAAAUGUGAACGUCCUUGAAUCAGCAAGGUUCAAUCGAGGAGAUACCUCACAAGUUGUUCAGACAAAAGUUGAACAGAUCAAAAAGGGGGAAACAAGAAUUAACGUGAUUAGUGCCUUACCAAAUGAUGCCUUCACAGCAUUUCAUCAAAUACGACAGUUGCGCAUGACAGGUGAAGGCUGGGUUUGGAUUGCAUCAGAUAAAGUUUCCGCAGCCUCCUUAAGGAAUGAACCUACGCUCAGAGAGGCAAUGAAUGGAUUGAUCGGGCUGACCGUGAAAAGCGGCGGUGGACCGAAAUAUGUGGAUCUCGUAGUAUUAUGGUCAGACAAAGAAGAAGGAAAAUACCCCGGGGUUAUUUGGUCAUAUGAUACGCCGAAAAUGUCGCCAUUUGCACCACAAGUUUUUGAUGCUGUCUCUGCGUAUUUCAAAGCAUUUGAUAAACUGGCAAGAAGAGGCAUUAUUCAGCCGGGGGAGAGUAAUUCAAGGCUUCGUGACAUUGUUUUCGAUGAACUGAAGAACUUUAAUGCACAGGAUGGAUUUGAUAGCGCUACUGGUCCGCCUUCAUACUUUGACGAAAAUCAAGAUGCACCUCCAUAUUACGAUAUUGUGAAUUUAGUGGAUAAUGAAUGGAAACAAGUUGGUUACUGGAGCAGAAGACGAUCAGGGCUCUCUCUUCUACCAGGAAAAAUAAGAUGGCCAGGCGACACCAUGCAGCCUCCCAGCGAUACGGGUAAACCUGGAAAAAUCACAUUGAAGAUUGGUUUCAUAACUCCUUUUUACCCGUCAUUGAGUGGGCUGGCGGACCUUGGCAAACAGUAUCUUGAAGGAUUUCAAACCGCUCUAGAAAUGUUCAACAAUGAUCAAUCAUUGGCUGUGGAUUUCUUAGGGAUCGAACAUGAUUCCGGUGAAAAGCCUUCGCAAUCAUGUCAAGAAAUCGCAUCUAAAUUUGCUAAGUCUGAUGUGGUGGCGGUAAUUGGGGCUUACAGGUCGAUUUGCUCCAUGAAAGCAGCUGAUAUAUUAGGAACAAGCAAUAACAUGAUCCCACAAAUUUCAUACGCUUCAACAUCUAGUAAACUUUCUGAUGUGUCGUCAACGUACAAAUAUUUCUUCCGAACUGCUCCAUCCAAUGUCGAUCAAGCUAUAGCCAUUGUGGCCCUCAUCAAACUGUAUAAGUGGAAGAAGGUUUGUACAAUCGCCACCAACGAUGCGUACGGUCAAGAUCUCACGGAACUGGUUCUCGCUGAACUUGCAAAAACAAAUGUCUCGGUUACCGUAACUGAAAAGUUUCAAACAAGAGCUCAUGCGGGGAUUGUCAGACCAAAAGUGGCCAAGUUAAAGCGAGCGGGUUGCAAUGUUGGUUUGGUAUUUAUGGUACGAAAUGAUGCCGAGGUUGUGUUUCAACAGUUGAAGGAACUAGAUAUGGUUGGACGAGGAUGGAUCUGGAUUGGUUCAGAUAAAUCAACCACUUCUGUGUUUGAUGAUGCUACGAACUUGCAAGAAGCAAUGCAAGGGGUGAUUGGGAUUCACCCAAGUCAUGGUGAAGGUCGUUUAUUUGAUCAGUUCAUGCUGGCUUUGGCAAGACGCGAGGCAUCACACUAUCAUGAAAAGAAACAUAGUCAUUCAAAGACCACAUACCUCGCUCAUCUCUUCGAUGCUUUCCACGGCAUGGCUUUGGAACUGUCUGAACUGGCCAGAAAGGAAAUAAUUACUAGCAAAUCUAAGAUUAUAGACAUACGCAAAGCACUCUAUGAUAAGUUGAAACGGGCCAAUAAGAAAGAGGCAGGCUUUACGAGCGCUAUUGGUGGGGGGGGUAUAAUGUUCUUCGACAAAAAACAAGGAGGUCCACCAGCGUUUGAAGUUGUCAAUUUAGUGGGCAAGCAGUGGAAAACAGUUGGUAGUUAUAUCCCGCGGACUAAAAGUAUAUCGCUGUUCCGAGAUCCUAUUUUCUCCGGUGGUGUCACAAUUCCUAUAGUGGGACCGGUCAAACCUUCCUACAAGAUUGCGGCGUUCUUUCCGACCAGUGAGCUGUUUGGGCCCAUAGCUGAUCUGGCUGAAGAAUGGAAAUCAGCUUUUAAAAUCGCAGUAAAGACGAUCAAUAGUGAUUCUGUGUACAAUAUUCACUUGGAAUAUGACAUCAUUGAGACUUCUGUGGACGUUGAUUCUUGCCGUAAACAAGCUGCUAUGCUCACUGAUGAUGUCGACAUGAUCAUUGGCGAAGCGCGGUCAGAGUGUUCAAUAGCCAUCUCAAAACAAACGAACCAUAGCGCCAUUCCACAAAUAUCAUACGCUUCGACAUCACCAUUUCUCUCAGAUAAAACCAAGUAUCCAUAUUUUUUCCGCACCUGUCCGUCCGAUGUUCAUCAAGCCAAGGCACUGGGUAAACUGGUCACGCAUCAUGAGUGGAAAGCACUGGGAACGAUUUCCGUAAAAGAUGAAUAUAGUAAGGAGUUGAUCCGUCGAACGGAAAAAGAGCUCCAGAACGACGGCAUCAAUUUAGCUGCGCAAGAGCGCAUGACACCGAGGAAGUUUAGGGAGAUUGCGGGACAUUUAAGGAAGAUAAAAGACAGCAAGAUGGCUGUGAAUCUUGUCGUCUCGCGUACAGAUGAUGCGGAAAAAAUUUUCCAGACGGCAAUCGAUAUGGGUAUGACAGGUAAAGGUUGGACUUGGUUGGGUACUGAUGGAUCAACUUCAUCCACCUUCAAACGAUCCCCCAACCUUCAGAGCGCCAUGCAAGGCAUGGUGGGAACGCGGCCACGUGGUGGCAAAGGAUCAGUGUACGAGAAAUUCUUGAAGGAAUGGAAAAACAGUGAACGUAAUGACUUUCCAGGAAUUAUCCAUACUUCUAGGAUAGAACAGGUUUCUGCUUAUGUUCCUCAAGUAUUUGAUGCAGUUUUGGCGUAUGCAACCGCGUUACAAAGACUUUACGAAGUGGAUCUAAUCAACGAGAAAACCGACCGGAAAGUCCUCAGGAGACAUCUGCUGGAUGAAUUACGGAAAAUGAAAAACGAGAAAAAUGGAUUUGACAGCGCUACAGGAUCAAAACAGUAUUUCUCCGAGAAACAAGAUGGCGUGCCUGUUUAUGAUGUCGUUAAUUUAAACGGCGAAAGUUGGGUCAAAGUUGGUUCAUAUACCCCUAAAGAUGGAUUGCAAUUAACUGGACAUAUAGUAUGGUCUGGAGGCGGACUUAGUACACCCUCUGAACAACAACAACAGGAUGCCCCCUCGACCCGUGUUCAAGAAAUCGUCGAUAGAAAAGUUCUGAUAGCGUUAUGCGUGAUAUUCGCAUUAUUUACUCUGGUUGUAAUCAUUGCCGUUACCUUGUGGAUAGUAACAAAAUUCAAAUGCUGUUGCGCGAGAGAUGAAGUGGGAUAUGUUAAUGGACAAGCUGUGAAAAACAACAUCAAUAGAUAGCCUCACAUUAUCCUCUCAAAUCAUCCGCGCAUGCUGUAUGCUCGAAAGAGCGAACUGCCAACGAUGGCAUUAAAAGUAUUUGUACAAGACUAGCAAGUUACUUCUCCAAACUGAAGUGUUAUUUUCGCAGAUAAACAAAUUUACCUGUGGUAUUUUGUAGAAAUAGCGAGCGAGCCAGACCACGCCAAAUGAAGACAGUAAAUUUCACUUAUAUGACCAUUUUUAAAAAGCUUUUUCAAAUGAGGUCAGUGUGUCUGAUUUGAAAAAUGCAGUUGUAAUGUAGUAUAAAAAAUGGCACUAAUUCAUCAUAAAUGUUGUAUAUAGUUACCAGACAAAUUUUAGGAAAUUAAAUGUUAUUGAUGUACUUUUAUUUCAUCA